AUGAGUGCUCUGUCUGAAGCAAAUGGCACCUUUGCCAUCCAUCUAUUGAAGUUGCUAUGCCAAAGCAACCCUUCCAAAAAUGUAUGCUAUUCUCCUGUAAGCAUCUCCUCUGCUCUAGCUAUGGUCCUCUUGGGUGCAAAAGGACAGUCAGAAGUCCAGAUAUCUCAGGCACUUAGUUUGAACAAGGUGAAAGACAUCCAUCGGGGCUUCCAGUUACUUCUCAAGAAGCUGAACAAGCCAGACAGAAAGUACUCACUUAGAGUGGCCAACAGGCUCUUUGCAGACAAAACUUGUGAAGUCCUCAAGACCUUUAAGGAGUCCUGUCUUCAGUUCUAUGACUCAGAGAUGGAGCAGCUCUCGUUUGAUGAAGCUGCAGAGGAGUCCAGGCAAUACAUAAACUCCUGGGUCUCCAAACAGACUGAAGCUCAUUUGGAAAUCUUGACUUCUCUCAAUAAUAUGUUUUAUGUCAUGUGUAUGUCUGCUCAGGAUGAGAAGAGACCAGUGCAGAUGAUGCAUCAGGAAGGCAUGUUUAAGCUCGGCUAUGUGGAAGAGGUGCCAGCUAGAUUGCUGGAAAUGCCCUACGAGGGCAUGGAGCUGAGCUUAGUGGUCCUGCUCCCAGAUGAGGAUGUGGACCUGAGCAAGGUAGAAAACGAUCUCACUUUUGAAAAGUUAACAGCCUGGACCAAACCAGACAUUAUGUGGGCCAAAGAGGUUAACAUUUUCCUUCCAAAAUUUAAACUCCAAGAGGAGUAUGAGAUGAACUCUGUGCUUCAGCGCUUGGGAAUGAUGGAUGUCUUCGAAGAGGCCAAGGCUGACUUACCAGGAAUGUCUCCAGAGAAAAACCUGUUUCUGUCCAAGGUUGUUCACAAGAGUGUAGUGGAGGUCAAUGAGGAAGGCACAGAGGCUGCAGCAUCUGCUGCUGUCACUCGUGUUCGCCAUUCUUUUCAUGGCUCAUCAUGGUUCUGUGCUGACCACCCCUUCCUUUUCUUCAUCAAGCACAACAAUACCAACAGCAUUCUGUUCUGUGGCAGGUUCUCAUCUCCAUAA